AAUCGGGUCACUUAUUCCUGAUUUGUCUACUGAUUCACUUUCAUUUGCACAGCUUUAUAUUUUCGAUGCUGAAAAUGAAGCACAUAAUAGGCAUAAUAUUAUGCCUUCUUUAGAUCCAGUAACUCUUCUUGAGCUUCAAAAUAUGCUUCACGACAUUAACCCAUAUGUGCAUGUUUUUAAGCAAACAGGUGAUAUUUUGCAAAAAUAUAUUACAGCUUUUUCUGAUGAUAUACUGAAUCAAUCUGAUAUUACUAAUAAAUAUAAUCUAGCUUUGCUUCGCUUAGAAUCUAUUUUACUUCAAAACGGAACACGACUUGAGAAUUUUCCUAAUAUGCCUAUUCCAACCCAUUAUCUCAUAACCAUUCUCCCCAAAAUC